AUGGGGUGGCUUAUCCGCCUGGCGAUUCUUUGUGCCUUCGUCGCAAGGUACUAUACCCCUGUCGUCCACUAUUUCACGGUGCUGGGGGUAUCCCGAACACCGACCCCUGCGGUGCGACUGGCCACGGAACCGUCCUUCGUCAAGAUCGAGGAUACGGUGGUGUGCGAGGAUCUGCACUAUUAUGAGCCAGCUGGGAAAAUCUUCACAGCGUGCGAGGACCGUUAUGCCUCGCGUUUCGAGUGGUUUCCUCCGUUGGGAAACGUGAAGGGAGCUGGGGAUACGGUUGGGUCACUUCAUGUCGUCGAUCCUAAGGUAAGAUCCGUCUUUCCGUGA